AUGCGCACGGCCGGCCGCUCGAGGAUUUUCGACGUGUUGGAGCCGCGGUUUGACGUCGUGGUCAAGGAUAAGGAAACCCGGGGCCGGCUCAAGGCGGACAAUGCCGCCGGGUAUCGCGCCGUCUUUAGCUACGCCAACUAUCUGCAGGUGGAUGGCGGCGUGUUACUAUCCCAGUUUGGCGAUGAAGAGACGGAUGCGGCGGCGCUGGAGACGGUGCGCAAGGCGUUUCUGAGAGAGAAGUUUGACGGUUGCGUUCACGACGGCCUUGCCAUGCAGCGUCCCUUGCGGCCGGCUCUGCUCCAGGAUUGCGAAUUUGCUGCGAAAUAA